ACUAGGCAGCUGUCAAAAAAUAACCGCCAUACACGGUCCAUCGAACACCUGCCGAUUUUUUGUUUACAUAUUUCAAACGGAAAAUUAUGAAUGAAAUCUAUUGUUUUAAUGUAAUCUGUGAAUGCAAAUCGAAUGUGGAAUAAAUAAUAAGUGAUAUUGUGUAUGAAAACGCGAUAUUUUAUUGGAAACACUCUUAUUUGAAGCACAAUGGACUCCGUCAACAAUAACCAGUUUGAGGUAAUACCAAACACCAAAGCGAAACGCAAGCUCACCACACCCAGCAACAACGUCUACCUCAACCCAGCGCUGGACCUCCUUGCCAAUGAGGACCCCAUGUGCAACACAGCCAUGGAAAUCGUCCCGAAGAAACGCAAGAGAACCAAAAGCUGUGACAUCACCGCUUUUGAAAACACUGCACUGGAUCUUGGUAUCAGUAAGGCAGCGGUUAAUGAAUUCUUGGCUAGAGAGCUGCAAAAUGUUAAGAGAAACACAAGGAAUUAUGAUGUUUGUAGGUUAGGAUCCAUUGAAGAACCUAUUUAUGCUAACAUGACUGAUUUAAAUCCACAGAACUUAAAGAAGACAUUAACGCAUGAAACAUUAAAUGUGCCACAGAGAUUGCAUGGUAGCCUUAAUGAUGACACUUUAAUGAAUGUUACUAAUGUGCAAAGUAAUUUCAGUAAUUUUCCAUCUAAUUUAAAAGUCACAGUUACUGAUGAGGUCUCACAUAUAUCACCAAAUAUGAGAGAGUUUACAAAAGGAAUGUUGAACAUCACUCAAAAUGAAACCUUAAGUGCUCCUUUUAUACAGGGCACAUCUACCAAUGUAACAGUCAAUAAGCCACAAAUUUUAGAGACAACUUUUAAUAAAGAAUCAUUCUUAAAUGUGCAUCCAAAUAUACAAGACACUGAAGAAACUUUAGACUUAUCAGAGAUUAAAAAUGAUGUUUUUGAUUCCGGUGUUUCUGAUAUGGAACAUAAACCGUUGAAUGCUCUUGAUAGUGAAAUGCAAGAUUUCUCAUCCAUCAGUAACAUUACUAAUGUACAAACUAACAUAACCAACCAAAUAUUUGUAAAUAAUCCCAGUAACCUCAGUUUAAGCUUCAUAGAUAGACUAGCUCUAGAUUCACCUAUUGCAUCAAAUCAAUCAAUCUACUUUGAUGACGAUUUAAAUGAAAGCAACAUAAUGGAGAUAAAAACAAUCACAAUAAUUACUAAAAAGAAAAAGAUACCUGAUAAAAAUAAUACUAACCCAUUUCUGAAUCCUAAUAUAGCUGAUGAUCUAGUUGUACCAAGAGAGAAUCCAUUUUUAGAUGUCAAUGAAACAAGAGCUGAAUCUGAAUAUAAUGCUGAAGCAAACAUUUUACAAAAUAACAUACAGACUAAUGAAAUAAUGCCAAGGAGAUUAUUCACACACGAUACUAACAGUACAAUAUCUACUGUAAAUGAAUCUAAUGUUGAAAAUCAGUAUGAAAAUAUCGAUGGCUAUCGAUCUGAGAGCCCUAUUUAUGAAAAUACAGAUGAUAGUUUAAAUAAGCAAAGCAAGAUACUUGGUUGUGAUGUCUCACAAUUCAGUGCUAUAGACAUCAUGAAUUUAAAUAAAAUCAGUCAAGGGAAUACCUCCAAUGAAUCAAAUGAAGCUAAGAAAGAUCUCAAACAUCAAAUCCUGAAAGCCAGCAAUAAACUGUCUUCAAAACUGUUUAAGACAUUAAAAAAGACAUUUAAAGGUGAAAAAGACAAACUGGAUCCUAACAUCACUUUGAAUCCUUAUGAAGUGCCGAGAAAACCUCCUAAAGGAAAAGCUGUUAAAGACUCAGGUUUUGAGAAUCCAGCGUUAAAUCUAGACAUUUCAGAUGACAUUGAGAUUGAAGAAAUCGAUGGAGUUGAACAUACAUAUGAGACUAUAAAGACUCUUAGAAAUACUCGCUUGAAUAUGAACGUGACGCCACUUAGAGAAAGAAACUACGAAGCAGAAACAUCGCAUAAUAGAACUAAUACCCCAGGUAAGAAGGUCCGUUUUGAUUCAACGCUGAACCAGGAGAAGAUUAUUACUGGGAACAGUUUUGACGGUGACAUCCAAAGUCCAGGGUUCGAUUCUAAGAUUGAUAAAUAUCAUGAUGAGUUGGAAAACUGUAUAAAUGAGAGGAAGUUCUUACAGCAAAAUAUGUGA